AUGUCUUCAUCAGAAGGUUAUAAACACAAAAGUGGUGCAAUGAAGAGAAAUGAAAAGAAAGAGGAACAGAAGAAAAUUGAAGCAUCAACAAGCAAAAUCCACAAUUUUUUUCAAAUGAAAACGGAUCCAGAGCAGAAUGUAGCAAGUGGAAUGCCAGUGGAGACUGAAACUUCUGUUUCUGAAACAUCUAAUGUAUGUGUUUUAGCUGAAGAGACCAAAGAGAGAGAACCUCCUAUAAAAAUGCCCAGGAAGGAGACUGCAUUGUCUCCGCUAUGGAAAAAAUCACCGUCCCCAGAGGAUUUCUUUCUUCAUUCCCAUGAUUUGGGAAAGGCUGGAAUUUCCAUGGAAAUGUUCUGGGAAUUUCAUCCUAAACAACCUACUCAGGACAUCCCAUUCAAUGGAAACCUUGUUUACUUCCGAAAAGGUAUACAAGGAUCAAAUAUUAAUAGAAAAUGGGUUACUUACAAUGGCAAAAAGAAGACCCUGCACUGUUCAAUUUGCCUUAUGUAUUGUGCAGAAAAAUAUCAUCAUACUCAUUGGAUUCAGGGUUGUAAUGACUGGAGACAUAUUACAACAAGACUUACCGAGCAUGAGCAGUCCCAGUGCCAUAAACUUGCUAGCGAAGCCUAUAUGAUCAAUAUUAAAGGCAAAUCGAUCAAGCACAAACUUUCCGUUGACCAGCUUUCUAUGAGGCACAACCAGGUACUUCAGCGCCGUACUGUUCUAAGCAACAUCAUUGAUGUUUUUUUUAUUGGAAUCCAAGCAUUGCCAUACAGAAGCAGCCAUUCAGAAUCUGUAGCUGAUGUCUUUGAUGAUGACCGUCUUGAAAAUCGAGGAAAUUUUUUGGAGGCGGUGAAACUCCUUGCGGAAUAUAGCCCAGUCCUAAAAGACCAUUUGGUAAAAGUAACGAAAGUGGCCAAAAACCGUGACCCAUCUCAAAAAGGGCGAGGAAAAUUUGUAACUUUUCUGAGCAAGUCCUCUAUAACUAAAUUGUUUACAAUCAUUGGAGAUAUGAUUAAAGAAGACAUUGUUAAGGAAGUUAACAAUGCAGGGAUGUUUUCGGUACAAAUGGAUUCUACUCAAGAUGUCUCUGCACAUGAUCAAUGUGCCAUUGUUGUGCGAUAUGUUGUGGAAGAUAAAGAGCGAUUGGUACGCCUUCUGAAUGUUGAGGACUCCAGCAGCAAGGGCUUGCAUGAUUUGCUAAGAGAUUCUUUGUCUGACAUUGGACUGCAUUUGGAGCAGUGUAUUGGUGAUUCCUUUGAUGGAGCUGCUAACAUGUGUGGCACAUAUACAGGAUUGCAAGCAUUGAUGACAGAAGUGCGUCCUAGUCAAAUUCAUACGUGGUGCUACGCUCAUGUCCUAAAUCUUGUUAUAUGUGAUGCAAGCAGUGUAUGUGUUCCAGCAGUGAGUUUGUUUGGACUUCUUGGUAACUUGUCCACCUUUUUCUCUGAGUCCUACAAAAGGAUCAAAAUUUGGGAAGACCAGCUGAAAGCCAAGACUGGAAGAGCUAAACUGAAAAGACUUGAUAAAAUUGGUACUACCAGGUGGUCAAGCAAAGCCAGAGCCCUUCGAAAACUUUGCGGAACAUAUGAAAACCACUCUGAGGAAUUAUAUUCUGACCUCAUCCUUGUUCUGAAGCAUGUAAGUAGUUCAUCUGAUUUUAUAAAUUCUGUUCGUCAUGAGGCUCUAAAACUAAAUGUAAAUUUGAAACCAUCCUGGCCGCUUUUACAUUUAUAA